UCAUCUACCCUCUUUCCCACACCCCUGCCUGCUGUCCCUGAUCACAGUCAUCAUGCCUCGGGGCCAGAAGAGUAAGCUUCGUGCCCGUGAGAAACGCCGCCAGGCUCGAGAAGAGCUCAAGGAGCUGGCAGGUGCUCAGGCCACUGCACCAGAAGAAGAAGAGUCCCCUUCUUCGCCAUCUCCUAGUUUCAAAGAUGUUCCCCAGAGCUCAUCUGCCACUGAAACACCCAGCAAUCCUCAAGUGCCUGAGAGAGUCCGCUCCACCACUACUACUGCUGCAGCUGUUUCAAACACAAGAUUUGAUGAAGGUGCCAACAAUCAAGUGGAGGAAAGACCAAAUGCAUCACAGGCCCAGGAUACCCCUAAGCACUGGCACAAAAGCCAUAUAGAAGAGAAAGUUACUAUGUUGGUGCAUUACCUUCUGCACAAGUAUCAAAUGAAAGAGCCCAUUACAAAGGCAGACAUGCUGAAAAAUGUAAUCCAAGUAUAUAAGAAUCACUUCCAUGAGAUCCUCAAGAAAGCCUCCGAUCACAUAGAGCUGGUCUUUGGCCUUGAUGUGAAGGAAGUGGAUCCCAACAGGAACAUCUACGUUCUUGUCAACAAACUGGAGCUAGAUUACGAUUCAAGAGUGAAUGAUAACAGAGGCAUGCCCAAG